AGUCUCCUAUUCUCUUCUUCCAACAGGGAGAUUUUCUGUCACUUUCUCAGGAAAAUCUCGAAAGGAAAUCCGCCCGAGAAAAUUCGGAAGAAAAAGGCGAAGAAUUGGAAUUCGUAAUUCGAAAUGCCAUCGCCACCGGCGUCUUCUUCCCUCUCCGUCACGCAAACCAUAAACGGAUCGCACAGCUUCACCAUCAAGGGCUAUUCACUGGCCAAAGGAAUCGGGAUCGGGAAGCACAUCGCCAGCGACACCUUCACCGUCGGAGGAUACCAGUGGGCUAUCUACUUCUACCCUGACGGCAAGAACCCCGAGGAUAAUUCGGCCUACGUCUCGGUCUUCAUCGCCCUCGCCAGCGACGGCACCGAUGUUAGGGCUUUGUUCGAGCUCUCGUUGCUCGAUCAGAGCGGGAAAGGGAAGCACAAAGUCCAUAGCCACUUCGAUCGUGCCCUCGAGAGCGGCCCUUACACCCUCAAGUACCGCGGAAGCAUGUGGGGAUACAAGCGCUUUUUCCGAAGAGCUAUGCUAGAAACAUCUGAUUUUCUGAAGGAUGACUGUCUUAAAAUUAAUUGCACUGUGGGAGUUGUGGUCUCCGAAAUAGAUUGUCCAAGAUUACAUUCAAUCCAUGUCCCUGCAUCUGAUAUCGGAUCUCAUUUUGGGAUGCUGCUGGAGAAUGAGGAAGGUGCAGAUGUAACAUUUAACGUGGCAGGCGAGAAGUUUCGUGCUCACAGGUUGGUGUUGGCCGCUCGGUCACCUGUCUUUGAAAAUGAGCUGCUUGAGGGAACUGGGGAUGAGGACCAAGAGAUUGAAGUUUCUGACAUGGAGCCUAGGGUUUUCAAGGCUUUGCUGCAUUAUAUCUACAAGGAUGCCCUUAUUGAAGAAGCCGAGUUGUCAGCUACUGGUUCAUCUGUUGGGCCAUCUGCAUCAGACACGUUGGCUGCAAAGUUGCUGGCUGCCGCUGAUAAAUAUAGGUUACCUAGACUCAGUCUGAUGUGUGAAUCUGUGCUUUGCAAGGAUAUGUCUGUAAAUUCCGUCGCAAAUAUUCUGGCACUUGCUGACCGCUACAAUGCUACUGCCUUAAAAUCAGUUUCCCUUAAGUUCGCUGCAGAAAAUCUUGUCGCUGUUAUGCGGUCAGAUGGGUUCGAGUAUCUCAGAGAGCACUGCCCUUCACUUCAGUCUGAGCUUCUGAAAACAGUUGCGGGUUGUGAAGAGGAGUUCAGUGGAGGGAAGACGAGAAGCGUGUGGGCGCAAUUCUCAGACAGUGGUGCUGACACAAACGACAGAAGCGUAAGGCAACAAACAUGGGAGAUCAAUGGGGGAGCAGACAGAAGCCAGAGCGUUUGGGUUCAAGUUGUGAACGGCAAUGCAAGUGGUAGAAGAAACCACAACUGCAACAACAACAGCAAUAACAACAACGAUGAUGACAAUGACAACAACUCCAUGCCUGAAGAUUGAGCAAGUAAAUGCUAAGAUAACAAAAAAAACCCUAAAGGGAACAGAGAUUGUUGAAAUCCGGGUAAAGCUGAAACGGGUAAAGAAGUAAGGAGCAGAUACGGAUUUUAGCUAUGGUGCUGAGAUCUGAGCAAUUAAGGUUUUCAGCUGAUUUGUGGCUGAACAGACCAAACCAAACGGGGUUUGAGACAAGUCUUGUUGUAUUGUUCUGAUAAGAUACUCUGUGACCAACUGUUUUGAUUCCGAAACUCAACCAACUAUCUAUGUUGUCAAUAUAACAGUAUAUGUUUGUUUAGCUUCUGGUCUCUGUUUGAGUCCAAAAUCUCAAGUCUUGUACGUUUUUGAA